AUGUCUAACACGAACGGUAUUUUGCCUGUAACCUCUUCCUCUCAACCCCUUGUCGUUGGUUCGAGAUCCGCCGCUGCGGCCAGAAGCGAUGGUCAAGAGUGGCUUGGCCCAAAUGCUAAAGGUGAGUUCUUCGACAAUGGCGAAUGCAUUCACUCAAUGGGGAUUAGGGUGGCGUUAUCAUGGAUGUCAUCAAUGCAGAGCAGGUCAGUGGCGAGAAUAGCUGAAGAAGCUGGUGCUUGUGCUGUCAUGGCUCUGGAGCGAGUCCCAGCGGAUAUUCGAAAGGAAGGAGGCGUCGCCCGUAUGAGCGACCCACAGAUGAUCAAGGAGAUUGUCGAUGCAGUGACCAUUCCCGUCAUGGCCAAGUGCCGCAUUGGCCACUUUGUCGAAGCUCAGAUUCUGCAAGCCAUCGGGGUUGACUACAUUGACGAAUCCGAAGUAUUGACACCUGCUGAUGAGCAGCACCACAUCAACAAACACGGAUUCAAGGUGCCCUUCGUCUGCGGAGCCAAGAAUUUGGGUGAAGCUCUCCGACGUAUCUCAGAAGGAGCUGCGUUCAUUCGUACAAAGGGUGAAGCUGGCACAGGGAAUGUGGUCGAAGCCGUAAGGCACUGUCGUACCGUCAAUGCGGAGAUCCGCAGGGCUAGUGCAAUGGGAGAGGAGGAGCUCUUUGCAUACGCAAAAGAGAUUGGUGCACCCUAUCAUCUCCUCAAAGAGACCGCACGUCUCAAGAAAUUGCCCGUGGUCAAUUUUGCCGCAGGUGGAGUGGCUACUCCUGUAUUUGUAGGGUCUGGAAUUUUCCUGUCCGGUGAUCCCGCGAAACGCGCUAGAGCAAUUGUGCAAGCCGUGACGCACUAUAACGAUCCCAAGAUUCUUUCAGAAGUUUCAGAGAAUUUAGGCCCGGCUAUGUCGGUCGGACGACCAAGAAGGGGCGCUAGCCUAGAUAUGAUUGCUAUCACCUCACCGUCACCCUCUCCACCAACUAGUCAAGUCUCUCCAGCAUCCAAUUCAGUUUCCAUGGCGUCAGAGGCCCUAAAUGAGGAGACUUCGCUCACUAGGAAUACCUCUGUCAUCAGUACCGCAUCCUCUUCGUCCAGUUCAUCAUCAUCCGUUGCUCCUCCCCCUCGACCCAGACCCAUCAGGACAUAUACUGGCCCCCAAGCAAAGAAUGUAGCGGACGGGCUUCCUGCAAGUCCAACCACUCCGAAGGCCACUCAAAGGAACUUUGAGGAUUACCUACUCAGCGGUACACCUCCAGGAAGGAGCAGUCCUGCGUUGAAUAGCGUGAAUGCACAGAUAGCUCACUCUAUUGUCCACAGUGCGAAUGGCCUAGCUGUACCCACCCCCAUACCACUUAACAAUCUCACGAGCGGCCUCUCCACUCCUAUUAUGGUACCCUCUCCCGGCACCUCUACUCCGAAUGGAAGUAGAAGUAGACAUGCUAGUCAAUCGAACUCUGCGCAAAACUAUCGUUUUGAGGGUCUUUUAGGAGAAGGAUCAUACUCCACAGUUCACCGAGCAACAUCUCUCGUCAAUGGUCAGACCUACGCAAUCAAGAUCAUGAUUAAAGUACAGCUACAGAGGGAGAACAAGGUUAGAUAUGCCAAUACCGAGCGUACAAUCAUGUCCAAGUUGGGAGCUGCAAACCACCCUGGGAUUAUUCGUCUUUAUUCCGCUUUCCAAGACAAGGACCAUCUUUCCAAGGAUAAGUCAAUUGCGGUCAUCACCACUAGUGGUCAGUUUGAGAGUCCAAGCGGUAUAUCGAAGUACUUAUAUGAAUCCAAUAGAGCAAGCAAGGAAGGGUUCAUUUGUCGUCCACCCUUCAAGGGAGGUACCGCUUACUUAACUAUGAAGAAGAUUCAAGAGUGCGACUACUCUUUCCCAGACGACUUCGAUCCCGUGAUCAGGACGCUUGUGGAACGUUGUUUAGUCAACAAUCCUACCGUUAGGAUUACCAGUGGGGAGCUCAGGGACCAUUCAUUCUUCAGUUCUGUCGAUUGGGAUACGUUAUGGAAGCAAACACCUCCAACCCUUCAACACGGUCUCGUAAUAGCGUUCGAAACUGUAGGGAUAUACAGCACGAAGGCGUCCGUGCGCGAAUCACCGAGAUUCUGCACCGAAUCACCAAAUUUCGUGAAGAACAUUCGACAUUUCUUGUCAUCCUAA